GAUCGAGCUCGUCAGUCCAUUGUACAAUGUCAAAACGAGCUGCAGGGUUCAAAUCCGACGAAAAGAAAAAGAAGGCGAAAACCUACCACAUCUCCAAGGAGAAAUCACCACGGAAGGGAGGAUUCUGCAUCGAAACUAAUGUUGCUGGAGUGAUGGUUAUGUGUGCUAGAAAGAAGGAGGAUCGCGCAGUGAGAGAAAUUCUAGACAUUUUCAACGAGUACGCAGAUAAAUUAUAUCCAGCGGAAGCAUCCAAAGAGGAGGAGGAGGAAAAUGAAGAGGAAGAGGAAGAUAUUGAAGCUAUGAUUGCAAAAGAAGUGAAGGCAAUGUCUAAUAAGCCAAAAUCCAAGAAACGAUUUGUCAAUCUUCAAACUGAUACUGAUUGUGUACUAUUCAUUCGAACAAAUCCUCCCGUUGACCCCGUUUCUUUUGUACACCAUAUUUUGACGGACAUUAAGACGACACAAAAGAAGCGCACACGAUUCGUGUCACGUUUGCUCCCCGUCGCGAAGACAUGUAAUUCAAAUAUACCGGAAAUUGUCAGAAUGGCUGAAGAAUUGUUCAAGCCUUACUUUCAUACUGCUGGAGAGGAUGGAAAAAUAGAGCCAAAGAAGUUUGCUAUUGUUUGCCGAAUCCGGAAUUGCGAAAAGAUGGAUAGACAGGAGCUCACCAAAAGCUUGGCUGGUGUGGUUGGAAAAGAUCAUACUGUCGAUCUCGUGAACCCAGACCUUGUCAUUAUUGUUGAAAUCAUCCAGACCAUUGGCAUGAUUUCUGUUGUCAAAGAUUUCUACGAUCUCAAAAAGUAUAAUAUAGAGAGCAUCUGCGGGCUCAAUGAAAAGAAGGAUGAAUAAACGGUCAAUAUAGAGUGGUUCUAUGUUUGUAUUAUUAGCGAUAUAAUUUUUUUUUGUACAGUUAUAUGUUUCAAAGAUAAUUGGAGUCUAUUUAACGAUGUCGGAGCAGGAGGAGCAUCAGGGCUAUGUGGGUUUUACCCCAAAUGCCUGCAUUUUAGAUAUCAAUACGUCGAUAUUGUCAUCUGUAUCUACACUCAUUGAUCGCAUGCGUUCAACUAUCAAGGGUACAUCAAGAUCGCCUUCGAUGCCAUUAGAGGAUGGCAUCGAUUUAGAAAGCAAGGUAUUUGACAAGCCAUAAUUUGGCGGUGCCGCGGCUGUUCCAUUGGCAACUUGCUCGAUAUGCCGCUCCCGGAUAUGCUCCAAAAGUAAUGAGGUUAU